AUGGUCCAGGAUCGGGGCCCGGCCACAUUGGCCGUCACCAUUAUUGUGACAGUGAUUGCUACCAUCUUCAUCGCAGCUCGAAUUUUCACAAGAAUACGCCUUGUGAGAUCCAUCAGGCAGGACGAUUGGUGGAUUCUGGCAGCAUGGGUCUGUGCUGCAGGAUUCUCCACGUCGAUAUGCGUCGCCGUUCAUUAUGGAUUGGGCAAGCACAAGCAAGACAUACCUGACAGCUCGUUCGGCGCUCUUCGAAAGGCCGAAUACACCUUCGCCAUUCUCUACAAUCCAUCCUUGAUGCUGACGAAGACCUCCAUCAUUGUUUUCUUCCUGUCAGUGAUGAGCAAGGACGUCGACCCCGUCUUCAAGUGGUGUAACUGGUUGACCCUAGCUGUGGUCAAUCUCGUCGGACUGGCUCUCACAUUUUUCAAUAUCUUCCAAUGUUCUCCCGUCGCAGCGGGGUAUCUCUAUCCUACACCCGAGAAAGCCUCGUGCACAGAUAUUGUUACGCUUUAUCUGUCCUCGGCGCCCGUCAACAUCAUCACAGAUAUGGCGAUUUUGUUCCUUCCCAUUCCAAUCCUCACGGGAAUGCGCUUGCCUCGAAAGCAGAAAAUUAUACUGGUGGCCACUUUCAGUUUUGGUGCUUUCGUUGCGGUCAUCGAUGUUAUUCGCAUUGCUUACUUACAGCAAGCGGCACUGAACCGCUUGAAGGUGGUCAAAGGUACUGGUAGCGAGCCAGGACGGACUGUCGAAGACACCGAUUUUUCUUGGUACGCAAGUCUGAGCUUCAUGUGGUCUGCAGUGGAGGUCUGCAUCGGUAUCGUCUGUGCGUGUGUGCCGAGUCUAAAACCUCUCUUUGCUCGCUUCUUGCCCAGCUUCAUCAAGGAUGCCGGAGAAGAGUUGACGUCCGACGACAGCGUUGAUCUUGGAAAACCCAGUGCGGGAACUGUUGGCACAAAGUUUCCAAAGGGCAACGUGUCGAUGCUGAACAAUCCUGCUGCAUUUAGGAGGCCAGUUGUCCAGGAAUACUCUGGAGAUAAUGGAGGCGACCAGAUGGGAUUCUUGAACAUGCUCACGGGGCCGGCUGAGGAGCAGACAAGAUCACCACUCUCAAGGACGGCGACCAAACUCGGUCGAAGGAACACCAAUCAGGGCGCGGUCUCCAACUUCGGAUUCGUCAACAUGAAUGAAAAACGAAAUAUGCUGAAUCUAUCAAAUCGUGAAAGCGUGUGGCCGAUUGCCGUGGUCACAGUGAUCUUUUUCUUGUGGGGGUUUGCGUAUGGCCUUCUUGACACGCUCAAUUCUCGGUUUCAGCUCGUGGCCGGCGUCUCGACGGGAAAAGGGCUCGGUCUCCAUUCGGCCUAUUAUGGGGGCUACUUUGUAGGACCUCUAAGCCUGGGGCGCUUCAUCAUCAAAAGAUAUGGAUUCAAGGCGUUGAUGAUCGCGGGCUUGGCUGUGUAUGGCUGCGGGACGUUAGUCUUCUGGCCAUCUGCUGUCUUGACAUCAUACGCUGCGUUCAUCGUCUCAAACUUCAUCGUCGGGUUUGGCUUGUCUUGCUUGGAAGUUGCGGCAAAUCCUUACAUCGCACUGUGCGGGCCACUGGAGUUUGCAGAAGUCAGGCUUACCCUUUCCCAGGCCUUUCAAGCGAUUGGCACGGUUUGCUCUCCCCUCUUAGCCACCAAAGUCUUGUUCAAGAGCGUCAACAGUGCGGGAUCACUUGUGGACGUGCAAUGGACGUAUCUGGGGAUUGCCCUCUUUGUGUACGCACUGGCAGUCGUUUUCUACUAUAUUCCACUGCCAGAAGCAUCAGAUGAACAGCUGGAGGAUUUGGCUGAACGUCACAGCGGCGCAUAUACGGCAAGAGUUGGUCCCUGGAAAGUCGUCUAUGCGACACUUGGACUGGGGGUCUUCAGCCAGUUCUGCUACGUCGGUGCACAAGAGUGUGUGGGGAACAACAUUCAACCACUCUCCAGGUUGCUGAAGCCAACAUCGACUCUUCAACCAUUUGAUUAUCAGAUGGUAGGUCACGGAGUCUUUGCAUUCGGUCGUUUCCUGGCUACCUUGCUCAGUUAUUUUUUGAAACCCAGGUGGAUUCUGUUAGGGUCCUAUGUCGGAGUUGUCGUCUGCUUGGCACUGGCUAUGCGUCUCGACGGGAACGCGGGAGCUGCAAUUGCGAUUCUUACCCUAUUCUUCGAAGCUGGUAUCUUCUCAAUCAUUUUCGCCAUAGCAAUGAGAGGGUUGGGAAAACAUACAAAGACGGGAGCUUCCUUGAUGACGGCCGCCAUAUCAGGUGGAGCGGUCUUCCCGCCGAUUCAGUGGGCUGUCGCCAACGGACACGGGCUGAAGUACUCGUAUUGUGUCCCUCUGGCUGUGGCUGUAUUAGGGACGCUUUUUGCAGCCUACUUGAAUUUACUCCCACAGGCUCAGACUCAAGUCGACCCUUUCUAUGAGAGCCGUUCCAGACGACGCACAUUGAGCCCGACCUCACAGGAAAGUGCUGGCACAGUCGAGCAGGAAAAGGUGACAGAGUUCGGAGUGCCAGGCAUAAUCGGGCGAUGGAAAAGGGACAGGCAUUCCAAAUCACCAUCAGUCCAGCAUGUCGAGCGACAAAGCACAAACCUAAUGGUGGGCGGGAUGCCAGGGUCUCCCGUGUUGCCAAUGGACUUUGCAGACUCUAAGGACCCUUACCCAAGUGCCGCGCCUGCUCAGCCCAUGCGCGGGAAAGGGUAUGUGGCGGAUCUUGCUUUGUGGCCUGCUCAAGAAGACAUCCCCGAAGCUCGCGCGAGCAGCAACAGCGGCGAUCACGACCCGCGCACUGAUUAUGGGAAUCCGAAUAGCCAUCGUCACGUGGAGCAGGAUUCAGACAUGGCCAUUACCCGCCACCGACCACGGUGGGAGAAACGAGAUCCAGAAGAUGACUUGGAUGAUUACCAUGCCAUUGUGAAAAGCAUAUGA